GCAUCUUGAUCCAACCAAACUCACAAAGGUAGCUAGCUAGAGAGAUAAUUAAAAGGUGUUGCCAGGUAGGGUGCCCUCAUCCUAUCUACUUUUUCCUAAAAUUUCUACCCAUUAUGAAGCAUAGUGGAACCAAGUACCCUCUCAACUUUGGUAUAAAUAGCCAUGUAGUUUCUCUUUGUCUUUCAACCAAAUUUCCAAUCAAAAGUGGAAAAUCUCUCAUUCUCCUAUUGUAAGCAAGUUUCCACAAUAUGGAUAAUAUUGUAUUAAAGAUGAAGAGUUUAUACACCUUAUUGGUCCUUUUACUUUCUUUUAAGCUUGUUUUUUGUUCUAGAUCACAUAGGCAUUAUUUGAGUGGUGGUGAAAGGAAAUUGAGAAGCUCUGGUGAUAAUGGUAGUGAUCUUGUGACUAAUUUGCCUGGUCAACCUCAAGUGAAUUUCCAGCACUAUGCUGGUUAUGUCACUGUUAAUGAAACUAAUGGAAGAGCACUCUUUUAUUGGUUUUAUGAGGCUAUCACCAAAUCAGAAGAUAAACCAUUGGUGCUCUGGCUUAAUGGAGGUCCUGGGUGCUCUUCUGUAGGAUAUGGAGCAACACAAGAGAUUGGUCCAUUUUUAGUGGAUAAUAAUAAUGAUGGACAAGGCCUUAAAUUUAAUAAUUUCUCAUGGAACAAAGAAGCUAACAUGUUAUUCCUGGAAUCUCCUGUUGGAGUUGGCUUUUCAUACUCAAAUACAACCACUGAUUAUCAACAAUUGGGUGAUGACUUCACAGCUAAUGAUGCUUACUCUUUUCUACACAAUUGGUUCCUCAAGUUUCCAUCAUAUAGAACUAAGACAUUUUACAUAGCAGGGGAGAGCUAUGCAGGAAAGUAUGUACCAGAGCUUGCUGAACUUAUCCAUGAUAGUAACAAGGACCCCUCCCUUUACAUUGAUCUCAAGGGAAUUUUGCUAGGUAACCCUGAAACAUCUGAUGCUGAGGAUUGGAUGGGACUAGUUGAUUAUGCUUGGAGUCAUGCUGUGAUAUCUGAUGAAACUCACAAAACAAUAAAAACAAGUUGUGACUUUAAUAGUAGUAAUCCAUGGCAAAAUGAAGAUUGUGAUCAAGCUGUGGAUGAAGUACUCAAACAAUAUAAUGAAAUUGAUAUUUAUAGUCUCUAUACCUCUGUUUGCUUUGCCUCUACAGCACGUUCAAAUGGUGAUCAAUCAGUUCAAACUUCAACCAAACGUUCAUCCAAAAUGAUGCCUAGAAUGAUGGGUGGUUAUGACCCAUGCUUGGAUGACUAUGCUAAAGCUUUUUAUAAUAGACCAGAUGUUCAGAAGGCCCUUCAUGCCAGUGAUGGUCACAAUCUAAAGAAUUGGAGUAUUUGCAACAACAAGAUAUUUGAUGACUGCACAGCAGGACUUAGGAUUUGGGUUUACAGUGGAGAUACAGAUGGUAGAGUACCAGUUCUAUCAACUAGGUACAGUUUAAGUACUUUGGCUUUGCCUGUCACUAAACCAUGGAGGCCUUGGUACCAUGAAAAUGAGGUGAGUGGAUGGUAUGAAGAAUAUGAAGGGCUUACAUUUGCAACAUUUCGAGGAGCAGGACAUGCAGUUCCCUGUUUUAAACCAAGCAAUUCACUGGCGUUUUUCACCUCAUUUCUAAAUGGAGAAUCACCUCCUUCUACAAAAUCAGAAUAAUUAACUAAUCAUAUUGGCUGCUCUUUCUGACUCCAUAUGAAAAUUUUGCUAUUAAUUAGCAAUAGCUAUUAGUAUAAUCUUCUCGACCAAGUAUUCCAAUACAAAAAUAUAAUAAAUAAAAGUUUUGCUCCCGACUUACCAAUAUGUCAUCUUAUUUUAUUC